CUCGUGAGAAUCAGCGAGACUUUGUUCAGACGUCCCACAGUCGAUCGACAAAAUGGCGACACAAGUCAAUCCGAACAUCAAGAAAAAACAUUUCAUCGGCGUUCCCAGCCCGCUGGGAUACGUCCCUGGUCUGGGAAGAGGAGCCACCGGUUUCACCACCAGAUCUGAUAUCGGUCCUGCCCGUGAUGCCACAGAUGUUGUCGAUGACCGCCACGCCCCUCCAGGAAAGCGUACGUUCGCUGCGGCGCACGCGGCACAGAAGGCCAAGAACCAGGAGGAAGAAGAGGAGGAGGAGGAUCUUAAUGACUCCAACUAUGAUGAGUUUGCAGGAUAUGGAGGUAGUCUGUUUGCCAGUGGUCCGUAUGAGAAGGAUGAUGAAGAGGCUGAUGCCAUCUACGAGGCCAUCGACAAGAGGAUGGACGAGAAACGUAAAGAGAGGAGAGAACAGAGGGAGAGAGAAGAGAUCAUGAAGUACCGUCAGGAGCGACCCAAAAUCCAGCAACAGUUCGUGGACCUAAAGCGAAAACUUUCGGACGUGUCUGACGACAUGUGGAACAGUAUCCCGGAAGUCGGUGAUGCUCGCAACAAGAGACAGCGAAACCCCCGCCACGAAAAACUGACUCCUGUGCCAGAUACGUUCUUGGCUAAAGCGGCGAUGUCAACAGGACAUGUCAACGCACUUGACCCUCGUCAACAGCACAUGGGUGGGUUCACAACCCCAUACCCUGGGGGUAUGACUCCGGGGGUGAGUACCCCCUGGGGUGCCGCUACAGAGGUGGACUGGAGGAAGAUCGGAGAGGCCAGAAACACUCUGAUGGACAUCAAACUGAACCAGGUGUCUGACUCCGUGAGUGGACAGACAGUUGUGGACCCGAAGGGUUACCUGACAGAUCUACAGUCCAUGAUUCCACAGUAUGGAGGGGAUAUCAGUGAUGUGAAGAAAGCCCGCCUGCUGCUGAAGUCCGUACGCGACACCAACCCGAACCACCCGCCUGCGUGGAUCGCCUCGGCUCGUCUGGAGGAGGUGACAGGGAAGGUUCAGGCGGCGCGGAACAUCAUCAUGAAGGGCACGGAGGUGUGUCAGAAGAGCGAGGACGUCUGGCUGGAGGCCAUCAGGCUACAGCCCACUGACAUCGGCCGCGCUGUGGUGACCCAGGCUGUCCGUCAGAUCUCCGGAUCCGUGCGGCUCUGGAUCAAGGCUGCCGAGAUCGAAGAGGAGAUGAGAGCCAAGAAAAGGAUCUUCAGAAAAGCCCUGGAACACAUCCCUAACUCUGUCCGUCUGUGGAAGGCUGCAGUAGAACUGGAGGAGCCUGAAGACGCUCGCAUCAUGCUGAGUCGUGCUGUGGAGUGCUGCCCACAGAGUGUAGAGCUCUGGUUGGCUCUCGCUAAACUCGAGACCUACGAAAAUGCCAGGAAGGUGUUGAACAAGGCUCGUGAGAACAUCCCGACCGACCGACAGAUCUGGAUCACGGCCGCCAAGCUGGAGGAGGCACAGAAGAACAACGACAACGUCAACAGGAUCGUGGACCGCGCGCUGCAGUCGCUCCGAUCCAACAUGGUGGAGAUCAACCGCGAACAGUGGAUAGAGGACGCAGAGGAGUGUGAGAAGGCAGGCAGCAUCAUCACCUGUCAGUCAAUCAUCCGAGCUGUCAUCGGUGUGGGUGUGGAAGAGGAGGACCGGAAACACACCUGGAUGGAGGACGCUGAGAGUUCCACUACCCACGGAGCCAUUGAGUGCGCCCGUGCCAUCUACGCGCACGCCCUGACCGUGUUCCCCAGUAAGAAGAGCAUCUGGCAGCGUGCUGCGUACUUCGAGAAGAACCACGGUACCCGCGAGCAGCUGGAGGCCCUGCUGCAGCGAGCGGUGGCACAUUGUCCGAAGGCAGAGGUGCUGUGGCUGAUGGGGGCGAAGUCCAAGUGGCUGGCUGGGGACGUGCCCGCGGCCAGGAAGAUUCUCUCAUUGGCUUUCCAGGCUAACCCCAACAGUGAGGAGAUCUGGUUGGCUGCUGUGAAACUGGAGUCAGAGAACAACGAGGAUGAACGUGCUCGCCGCCUGCUCGCUAAGGCCCGUGCUAGUGCACCCACUGCCAGGGUGUUUAUGAAGUCUGUAAAGCUGGAGUGGGUCCUGAAGGAGACAGAGAAAGCUAAAGACUUGAUAGACGAGGGCCUGAAGCACUACUCUGACUUCCCCAAACUGUGGAUGAUGAGGGGACAGAUUCUGGAGCAGGAGGGGAGGACUGAUGCAGCCAGGGAGGCCUACAAUCAAGGGUUGAAGAAGUGUCCCCACUCCAUCUCCCUGUGGCUGCUGCUGUCCCAGCUGGAGGAGAAGCUGUGUAACAUCACCAAGGCUCGGGCCAUCCUGGAGAAGUCUCGCCUCAAGAACCCGCAGUGUGCCGAGCUCUGGCUGGAGUCGGUACGGCUGGAGUGGAGGGCUAGUAACAGGCAGAUCGCUCAGAGCCUCAUGGCUAGGGCCCUACAGGAGUGUCCCACCGCAGGCAGACUGUGGGCCGAGGCUAUCUUCAUGGAGGCCCGUCCCCAGAGGAAGACCAAGAGCGUGGACGCUCUCAAGCGGUGUGAGCACGAUGCUCAUGUUCUGCUGGCCGUGGCAAGGCUGUUCUGGAGUGAGCGGAAGGUGAACAAGUCGCGGGAGUGGUUUAACCGUGCCGUGAAGAUUGACCCAGACCAGGGCGACGCCUGGGCGUACUUCUACAAGUUUGAGACACAGCAUGGCACUGAGGAGCAGCAGCAGGAAGUGAAGAAGCGCUGUAACCAGGCGGAGCCUCACCACGGUGAGUUGUGGUGUGAGCUGUCCAAGGACAUCAAGAACUGGCGCACAAAAACUGACGAGCUUCUCCCCAUGGUCGCAAACAACAUUAAGAACAUGUUCUAGACUCAAACACAAUCGUAAUAUGUUACUUAUUACAAAGUGAAUCAACAACUUAUUACACAAAGUGAAAAAUGAACAUAGAAUACAGCAAGGGGUAUUCUGUAUCACCCUGGGUAGGAUUGCUCGACAGCUGGAGGGCGAUAUGAACCUCAGGAGGGCUGGGACCGAGGGUGAUGCAGAAUACCCAAGUUUUAUUUUAUUUAUAUCAUGCCAACACCAGCAAACUCAAGUUUAUUGUAAGAUAGAGCAAAAGACGUGUCAUCACUGCACAUCACGUCAACAAUUUUAGUCAUCAAAUCAAACAAAAGAACCAGGCAAACAGUUGAACAGUUGAGAGCACAAACCUUUGUCAUCAUUUUCCUUGUAGGAGUUAUAAGCUAGAUUAGAGGUUAUUUUAUUUCUUUGGUAUGAAUAGCCAGAGUAGAGACUGAAAACUGUAUCAACAAGAAAAGACAAAGGUAGUAUGUUACAUAUAGAAUACAUGAAUGGGUUGCCUUUAUAGUAGUAUCUUAUGCUAGUGCUAAUGUAAAUGCUAAGAUAACACAAAAAGAAUGAAGGACCAUUUAUUCACCUUGUGAGUUUGAGUCACAAUUCUCUUACUAAUAAUAUAUGUAGAAAGUCUACCAGUAGUGAUCGAAAAUAUGGUUUUGUUUAGGCAAGAUACAAAAUAGUAUGACCUUUUCUGUUUUUGAAAUAGACACCCUUUUGUGUAUGAUUUCAUAUUGUCAAUCUUUGAUAGUUGCUAGAGAGAGUAGCAAAAAUAUGAUAAAUAUUACUUGCUUUGAUUUACAUGUAGAACUGAAGAAUGAAUGUGUGAAUGUAUUCUUGGUUUGAAUGUGUAUAAGAUAAGACAAUAAAAACAAAUGUAAAAUACUUUGAAAAAAGUGCAUUUACUGUACAUGUUACCCUAUUGCAAAACAUAGUAUACAACACACAAUUGUCAUUGGAGAAAUUAAAGUAUAUCUUGCAUACAUGAGAAGUUUUAAAGUCUUCAUGUACUUCGAUGUGUAGAAUUGAUUGUGAAAUAAAGAGGCGAGCAAAA